ACCCCGUUCGGAAUCCUGGAAUCGCUGCAUAAAAGUAACAAUUUCUUCUGGUCUUUUAACUAUCGUGCGAGUUAGGGACAAGUUCAAGUCUUUAGCAACUUCCUCCGUCGAUCCUGUUUGAAAAAUAGAUCGGAAAAGUUGCUAAAUUUCCCGUCGUAAAAAAUGGUACCAGAAAAGGAAACUCCUCCGAGUUCAGCUGUGGCCGAUGGGGGGGAUUCCGCGGAAAAUCGCAGCGAUAGCAGAGAGCAGAGCGAACCACCCGCACCCGGUGGGGAGAAAUCCGAAUUCGAUCGGAUGGCCGAGUACGAGUGGCAAGACAUAACGACGGAAUUCUUUGAUAGCGUUAAAGGGCUCGAGCUGGGAGAACUGGUGCACGAUUCGAUGUUCGGGUUGCUCGAGGCAAUGUCCGCUAUAGAAAUGAUGGACCCGAAGAUGGACGCGGGAAUGUGCUGCAAUCGUGAAGCGACUCCACUUACCUUCGACACCGCUGUUGAGACGGGUGUGAUGAAGCUGGGCAACAUUGAACCAAAGGAAGCGAUCGGCCUCAUCGAUGCCGUCUACUCUUGUACCGUCUCGUGGCUCGAAGGCCAUUCGAUGGUACAGACGGUCCUGACCUGCCUCUAUCUGCACAAACCGCACCGAAUCGAGUGUAAAACGAUCAAAGCGUUUGCGAUUGCGAUAGAAAAGAUUAUAAAUCUCAUACGGAACAUAACACUUAGGGCUCACGUGUUCGAGGAGGAAGACUUUCAGCUCAGCUCCUACGAUUACAACAUGAGCGCCGAUGUAUCAGAGGCGAAGGCCCUCAGCAUGCUGAAAGCGGCAGAGGAAGAUCUUAUCAAAAAGGCCAAAGAGGCGGAGGAAGAACGGGAAAAGGAAGAGCUGCAUGCACUGUUGGCUCGCAUUCGCUUUACCAGACUGUUCCUGCAAAGCAUGAUCUCACUCUAUCCGGUCAAGAACUCUUCAAUGUGGCAAGGACAUGGUGGUGCUUGGCAUGAAAUUACACUGCAAAGUGUAGCCCCGACAAAGAACGAAAUGAUAGAUAUCGUCAAGACUCUCAACGGUGCACUCGAGCUAGCCCAGACAAUCGAGAAAACAAUCGAACUGGGUACACAACCAGAGGACGGAUCUGAUGCGCCCAAUCCGAUGGGAUUCUCGAUGAUGGUCAACCAACGCUUGCUUCCACCGACUUUUCCCCGGAGCACCAAGAUCAAGGAUCGCCAUCUGAGCAUUCAGUACCUAGGGGAGUUGAUACAACGCAUUAAGCACGGAUGCAAGAUCGUAAACUGCACCAACUUUCAUGCCGCGCUGAACUUUCUGAUGGAUUUCAGCAAAAAGUACAGUCCCUGUCUGCUAUCGAGAAGCAUACCGCAGACACUCUACCUGCCAACUCACGGGAAGGUGUUUGGAGUGAAACCACUAACGGAGGUGCUGAAGGAAUCAGCGAAAGCAUUUAUCGCACCGCCCGUUCUACUCCCGGACAGUCAGUUGUACAACAAUCCUUACGCGGUGAAAUGCGUUAAUUACUUUUUCGAAAACAAUGAGCCCACGUUCAGUUCGUUGUUUGCGCUUUGUGGAUACAAUAGGGCUCGCCAGCGCGAUCGCCUCGGGUCGGUCAUGUUCAACUUCGCACGACUGCAAGAGGAAGCGGAGGGCGUCGAUGCCUAUCUUCACUCACUGUCGCUGAAGAUCGAAAGUUCGCGGCAACAUCUGGCCUGUUUCGGCACUUGGGUGUUUUAUCACUGUUUGCGCGCAAUGUCCUGCUAUUUGUUGGCCGGACUCGAGCUCGAACUGUACAGUGUGCACGAGUAUCUGUACAUCUUCUGGUAUCUGUAUCAGUACCUGUUCAGCUGGAUCGUUUCGGCGCUCACGCGUGCCGAGACCUUUCUGGCCGAGCAGGAGUACAUUGCCGACAUGAAGGCGGCCAAAUCGAACCAAAAGAAACCGAAAACGAAGAAGCGCAAGUCACGCGGCGAUGCGAAGGAGAUCGUCUUCAACCAGGCGAUGCAAACGCUCUGUGGUGGCUAUUAUAAGGCGCUGGCUGGGUUCUACAAGGAAAAUCGCAUCGUGGAACCACUGCCCAUGUUCGACAACGAGCAGGUUCGCUUCGAGCAUCGGUUCGCACCGUUUGCUUCGCUCACCACGCCACCACCGAUGCCGUACAGUGAAUUUAGGCAGCUCAAAAUGUUUAUGCUACAAUCACCGGCCCAGGAGCUGUACGCGGCGGCUGCUAAACACUUUCACGAGGCACGCACGUUGCUAGAAACGUUUCCCAAUCCGGACGAAGAGUGGAUGGAUGUGGUGAAGGUGGCAAAAAUGAACUUCGUUAUGAUGAACCUGCUGGCCAGUGGACACAGCCGAGAGUCGAAGCAGCCUCCCGAGUUUGACUUUUCCUGCCACCGGUACUUCCCGAUUAUCAAGCAACGGAAGUAGACAGAGCAUUGUAGCGCCGUGUGCCGGUUCUUUAAUUUAUUGAAACUAGAAAACAUUGUAAAUUAUAUAGUAGUAAGACGUCCUUGAAUAAAAUGAAACAUUUCUAAA